AUGAGUCAUAGAGGACGUUCUCCUAUAUCACGACGAAGGAGUCGAAGCCCAAUAGGCAUACCAGGAGGUAGACCACGUGGUCGAAGCCCUCCAGCAUCCUAUGAUGGCAGAAGUGUAAGUCGUCACCUCGAUAUGCGUGGCCGUGGAGGAUAUGGAGACUUUUCACGUCCACGAAUACCCCGAGAACCACGAGGAACUUAUUCACCUCCCUUUAUGGGUGAUAUGAAUGGCAGACGCGAUGAUUCGCGAACAAGAACUGACCGGAAUACCCGUCGUCGACGUUAA